AGUCUGAAAAAAUUUAUCGUGGAGUGCACAUUUAGUGAAUUUUUAUUAAAAACCGCCUUUAAUCACUAUCAAAAAGAAAGUAUUAACAAAAUACGACUGUGUGACUGAAAUGAGUGAUUUAAUUUUUCUUAUCAGUACACCAACACAAAACAACAUUCUGAACCAGACUUAAAAGUUUCAUUCUGAUCUCGUCGUUCUCAGUUUCCCUUACUGAUAGUAAAGAAUCGCGUAUGAUUUAACUGGACGAUGUCGGUCAUCAGAAAUUCGAAAUGUUGCAUCCUAAAAGUUACAAAUAAUUUGGGAUUUGUGAGCUGUGUCAUAAAGUGAAAAUAUCCGCGAAUAAGAUCCAUUCUGAUCUAGUCGUUCUCAAUUUCUCUUGCUGAUAGUAACAAAUCGGUCGCAAUUUAACGCAAGGAUGUCGAAUAUGGGAAAAAUAUCUCAAAUUUCAUCCUUAAAGUGAUAAAUAAUUUUGGAAUUUAUGAAAUGGGUCGUAAAGUGAAAAUCAAAGAAUCACAUUUUCUAAAUGGAAUAGGAAAAUCAUGAUUCAUGCCAAUAAAAAGUUUGAGCAAAUAAACGAACUUUUGACAUCAACUGAUAAUAACAUGAAUGAAGUUGAAAAUCUUGGCUGAAGGUGUGCAAUUGACUUCGAUUGUUUUGACUUUUUAUACCAAAGGCACGAAGAAAGGAAUUCUUGUGAUGCUAUCAUUGAUAAGUGUCAUACUUGAACUUGUCCUUAAGCAUUUUAUGAAUGACGAACUUGAUUCAUAUGAUCGGUUUUUCGAUUUUUCACUAUUGUUGUUCAAUGUUAUGCCGUUUUCUAACUCAGUUUUAGAAUUUUGGCAGUACAUAGAACCAAACAACCAGAGCUCUGAUAAAUCCGAAGAACAUAACAACAAUACCUCGGAAAUAGUUAUCGCGUAAUUGCCUGUUGCCUUGAACUCUUUUACUAUUUAUCAAUAAUCUAAAAGACAUGUCAACUUAGACAUUAAAUAAGUAGAUCAGUAAACAAAUAUUUAAUGAGAACUCAGGAAAACUUUCAAAAUUCUAUUCAAUAUUCCAAUAGAACCAAACAAAAAGACGUUUCUUACUUAUUGAUUUUUUAUGUAAAUAUCUAAGUAUUAUUAAUUACAGGAAGUCUUCGUACAGAAAGCCUCUAUUCAAUAGAUAUUUCUCCCACGACAUUUUUAAAUACUGCAUUUAAUAAGAUUCCUUUUUCUUAUAAGAAUAUUCUUUUCGAAGUUCUCUUGUGCAAAGAGAUUUUUGUAAUUUUUCAACAAAAGUAUUGACAAUAUAAAUAAACUGGAGUUC